GUCCGUUCAGUAUGCUACAAAAGAAUGGCAGGCUAUGCCUUGUUCUUAUCCUAAGAUGCUUUUUUAUGAAUUUAUCUGUGCCCUCUAUUUAUAAGUAAUAUGAACCGUUAAGAGAGGAGAAAGAAGGGAAAUGUGAAAGAACAGUCAGCCAAAAAAGACUGAUGAUAAAAAAGCGGCAUUUCAACUCAACACACCCGGAACAGUUCUGCAGGUGACCUUGCACUCCGUGCCUGCAGAUGACCUCGCCCUCCAUGCCGGCAGAUAAACAUCUUUGCCUCCAAAUCAGCACAGCCAAACCAUGCAAUGUUUCACACACGUGUCCUGGAAAUGAACACACCGAGUAGUGUUUAAUGAUCAGUGGAGCCAGACAGAUGAGACACGACUGAUUUGCCUGAACCGUGUCCUGGGUUUCAGAAUUGAGGAAGGGUUCAUUAAAUGACAAGAAGGAAGAACAAUGACAUUGGGGAAGUAGAGAUAACACUUCCUCUUCUUUCAAAAGAGCCUUACCCUCUGGUCAGCCUCUAAUGGUCAUCCUGUGUAGCCAGAGCCGCCAGAGCUGUGGCCGCUUACAGUGGAAUCCUCAACCUUGGCCUCAGAGUAUUAUGAAUUUUCUGAAUUCAGGGAUAAAGAGCCAGUGCUUGGAUUUACUCUCUUUUUAUUGCAUACGCUCAUCAACAUUCCAAAGUGAUGUACAAAUCAGUUGCCUUGAGAGGAACGCCAGACCCCUAGCUCUCCUGGGCCGAGAAGCCAGCGCGAGAUGAGAGACCCCAGAGCAUUCAUCAAAGCAGAAUCAGAAGCAACAGACCUGGAACGAGGGAGUGCAUAACUUUUUGCUGUGGCUGUAUGAGACCUUCAGCCAGCACUCAGUGGGUGUUCUGUGAGAACUGCUCCACAUGUGAUAUAGUUUUGAUGUAUCUGUGGGAGGAGGUGAGCUCCACGUCCUUCUAUUUCACCAUCUUCAUCUCCCAGUCUGCUUAUUAUUUUCUUAUCGUUUUUGUUUCUAUCAAUUUGACAUCAUACAUGGCUACUGAUGGCAGUGAUCUUCAGGUUCCCUUGCGUCAGAAGCAGAGAAGGAAAACUAAAGGUUUUUUCACCAUGAGUCGGAGGAGGAUAUCAUGUAAAGACCUGGGGCACGCUGACUGCCAAGGGUGGCUAUGUAAGAAAAAGGAAAAAGGAACUUUCCUAGGCAACAAAUGGAAAAAGUUCUGGGUGGUCCUGAAGGGAUCAUCACUGUACUGGUACAGCAAUCAAAUGGCAGAGAAAGCUGAUGGAUUUAUCAACCUGCCUGAUUUCACUGUAGAGAGAGCAUCUGAAUGCAAGAAAAAGCAUGCUUUUAAGAUCAGCCAUCCACAGAUCAAGACCUUUUAUUUUGCAGCUGAGAAUGUGCAGGAAAUGAACCUGUGGUUAAACAAAUUUGGAUUAGCUAUAAUCCAUCUUGAAUCCACUACAAAGGAUGAAGAAUGCUACAGUGAGAGUGAACAGGAAGAUCCCGAAAUAGCUGUCGAGACACGACCCCCUCAUUACUCUGCGGAGACUCUCUCUCCUUUGGCUGCCCAGCGGGCAUCUUCGUCUUCACCCAAAUUGAAUGAAACGUCGCGUUCUUUCUCUUCCAUGGAAAACAUAAAAAAGACGCCCAGCAGUUUGUCUUCUCUCAUAUCUAGAGAAAGACAGCCCUGGAUGGACGUGGUUGACAGCUCGUCUGCCGCUGAAGACGUGGGACAGUCUGUGACACGCGCUGUGCAGGCCUGCUCACCUGCACCCUCGGAGGCAAAUGGUCGCAGGGCCCUGGAAACCAGCUUCGCCACAUCAGAAAGUGGAGUUUUGAACUCUUUAUCCAGUGAUGACGCUUCUUCAUUGAGUAGCAACCUAGAUCAUCUUUGUGUCCCAGACAAGCCGGCUGGAUCAGAGAUGACAGAUAGAGAAGAGACAAAAGUGUCUGAAGAUGAUGAAAUGGAGAAGCUCUACAAAUCGUUAGAGCAAGCUAGUCUCUCUCCUCUUGGGGACCGGCGACCUUCAACCAAAAAGGAGUUGAGAAAGUCCUUUGUCAAGCGGUGCAAAAAUCCAUCCAUAAAUGAGAAGCUCCACAAAAUCCGGACUCUGAACAGCACAUUAAAGUGUAAAGAACAUGACCUGGCCAUGAUUAACCAGCUGCUGGAUGAUCCGAAGCUGACAGCCAGAAAAUACAGGGAGUGGAAGGUCAUGAACACCCUGCUCAUCCAGGAUAUCUACCAGCAGCAUCAACAGCAGAGGACCCCUACGUCCACCCCCGAAGGCUCCCUCCAGGGACUCGAGAAACCACCUUCCUCUGCCUGCAUUGAAAAUUCUAUUUGAGAACAAGCCAGGAUGCUCUCCCCCCUGCAUCUUACCCCAAAGCAACUCUUCACGAUGUGGUAGUAGCUUAACAUUUUUCCUUAUAAAGGAAAACUGAAAGCCAGUUCCUGGAAGCACCAGCUCCUCCUCUAGGGAUGCAACUGGGGUGAAGACAAACACUGAUGCUGCAUCAGCAGUUUCAGUGCUUCCAUUCCAGCUGGAGGGAUGGAGUCCAGCUGAGCAAAUGGUCUCUGUGUUCCUUCUGGGAGCCCCCGGCCAUGCUAAGUUCUAGGUGGGAUGUGAGAACUGUCACCUCUGUUUGUUGCUCUCAAGAGAAUGACAACAUUCCAUGGACAAAAGAUCACUUUUUACCAGGGAUACUUCUUCAUAGAAAUACUCUGUUUUCCAAAAGAAGAAUGUAUAUAUCCCAUUUGGUUGCGUAGCUGAGUUCCCUAAGUCAUCUUUCGAGUGGAGGAAUGCUAUCUAUAGCAGUAACCGGGGCAGGACAGAUGUGAUAUUGUGGAACCCAAAUCGCUUGGCUUUGGUCCAGAAUGGUGGUGCCUUUUCCACGUGUUGAGAAAUACUUCAUAGCAAAUGGUGUGCGGGAACGCCCAAGGAGGAGGCGUGGCCUAUAUUCCACUCACUCAAAGGACAGCUUAAUAUUUUCAGACUUUAUCCAGUUUGGGUAAGGGAUCUGAUUAAUGUUUCCUUUCCACAGAACAGCUAAAGAAAACUCUCUCAUUACACUUGGACACCUCUGUUCCCUCUGAGAUUUUCUAAACCACUGUAGGACAUAGUAAUAUGUCCAGCGAGGAAUGUUUACUGCCUUUGCCCUUGGGGGUGGUAGCUAUGCACAGUAUAAAUGUACAACCAGGGACUUCCCUGGCGGUUCAGUGGUUAGGACUCUGCAGUCUCACUGCCGAGGGGCCGGGUUCAAUUCCUGGUUGGGGAACUAAGAUCCCCCAGGCAGUGCAGCACGGCCUAAAAUAAAUAAAUAAGUAAGUAAAUAAAUAAAUAAAUGUACAUCCAGAUUCCCUAGGAUCAAUAUUGACAAGAUGAUUCUGGUGUCUGAAUUGUUUUAGUAUCUUUAGUAUCUAAAAAAAAUCAACCCAACAGAAACAGCAAAAGAGUUAAAACAUGACUGUUUUAUUUUUGUAUGUCUAUGUGUCACUUUGUGUCCUAUGUGAAUAGCUCAAUAUAAUAUAUUUGUUAUUUAAGAAUAUUUAUAGAAGUUCAAAUUACUAGUGUCUUAAAAGAUGAUAUUAUAUGUUUUAUUCAGUAUAUGUUUCAAAGUAUAUACUUUUUGCUUGAGAAAAAUAGGAAUACUAUUGAUUCACUGGAGUUAUUAUGUUGCACUAUAAUGUCUGAGGAAUGCUCAGGAGAUCUUGUGGGAUAAAUGUAGGGCAUGCAUUAAUAAUCUUUAUUUUCUGGCUUUUCUCUCUGCUUCUUUCUCUCUUUUUUCUCUCUCUCUCCAGAAUGCUUAGAUUUCUAUCUGUUGUAGACGAUCUUCCGAACCACAAAAGGACUUCUCUCUUACAUUAUCCCUUCUAGUAAAUAUACUUUAAGUUUUAUGCCAUUUAUGCCUACGUAUCCUAAACCAGAGGAAGCACAAUUAAUGCAGUCUUUUGAUGGAAGACGAAUAGAAUUUUUGGGGUUUACCGUUUAAGAGAACUCAUUUUAUUAGAGAAACAAUAGGAAAGUUUUCACCCGCUAAUCACCAUGAAUACUUCUCACCAUAAGAAUAACCACAACCCAUGAAAGACCCAUUUUGGCCUAACCCCUAGCAAGUUGUCAACACAACAUCGUUGGCUUUAUAGUGUCAAAGUGUGUGUGUGGCUUGACAUUCAAAUGGAAAUAACCCCCUGAAUUUUAUCUGCGAACUAAAUGGAAAUAGUUGUUGAAAUUUUCCCUAAGCUUUACUAAGAAGUCUUAAUACUUUGUAAACAAAAAACAACCUUAGCAUUAAGAAAAAAAAAAACCCAAAAACCCAGGAAGCAAGUUGUAAUACUAGAAGCUUCUGAAAGGCCAUGCUAGUCAGUUUGGCCCAGUAAACAUUUAGGUGCUCCUGCAACAGUUGGAGCGUACUGGGCAGGGCUCAGACCCUGCAGAAGAGGGGACCUGGCCCUCUGUGAGUUUACUGUUGGCACAGAGAGAAGCAAACAUUCAGGUCCUCAGACUGGACCCUGUUUCUGGUUUGAAGGCCGGUGCUUUAAUCUCUUUACUCUAGAAAUCAGCAUUGAUUCUUUCUGUAAUUAGCAGCAUCUAAUUCUUCCCAUAAUUAGGUGGACUGUUUAGGAUUCACAAAGUAACCAAAGUGGCGAGGAAAGGAGAAAUAAUCGCAGAGGGAAGGAUGGGAUGAUAAGGCAUUCUUCUACCUUUUUCUCUUUGGUUUCCAGCACCAACCUAUAAACGUUAAACCAGUUUUUCCUAAAGUGAAGUGCUUCGAAAGCUUUUGGCCAGGGCUUGCAAAUAUAUUCUAACGCUUUACUUUGACUUUUCAUGAAUACAUAUUUAACUGACCUUUUAAAGUCCAUUGGUACCACUCUAACUUAAAGGCAAAACAGAUCCGUGAGAUUACUCAGUCUAGCUUUUCAGUCACUUUUCAAAGUCAGGUUCGUCGAGAUGUUUUGCUUUGUUAGUUAGAACAGUUACUAUGCAGAACCUCCCAAACGAAAGUUAAACUGAGAUGCACGAUUUCGCACCCGGCUCUUCUAGACCAAACUCACCUGCUCACUUGUGACUUCCCUUCUGAGGAUGGUUUCACUCUGUGUUACGUUGUGCUAGGAAGUAGGGGCACGGCUGCUGUGAGUCUCCCUCCUCCCUGUGCCUCUGCCUUGUGCGGUGGCUGCGGGGACCCAGCAGCUGGACCUGGACUGUACAUGCCAUCGCGCUGCAAUGGGCACAGGGCCGUGGUAGCUUUUGCGAGGUCAUCCACUGGAAACCCAAAGGCCCCUUUUCCUUGAGUACAGUCUCUUCCUCAUGGCCUGAGAGGUUACUGUCCCUCCUGCAGUGACCUGCUGCUGGGCUGGCUGUGGCUUGGGGUGUAACUUAUCACUCUGCUUCCUUUCCUUCCUUCUGUAAAGUACACUGCUCGUUAGGAGCUGUGAGAUCCUUGGAUGGAAGGGAUCCAUUUAUUUUGUUUUCCUUUUAAAACGUGUCAGGAGAUGCCAGAGACGAGCUUAGUGAUUAAGGGUUAGGACCUUAACUUUCCUUUCAAUUCCUUUUCAUGUAAUUAUGCUAAUUUCCUCAGACAGCCUCUAAGUCACAAACAAUAUCAUAGAGACGAUCCAGAUACUUUUAAGUCUUUUGAAGAGAGGGGCUAUACCAAUUCCAGCCAUAUUUAAAUUCAUGGACACGUACCUCUUUGUACGAUACUCUGAUUGAAAGAUAAUAUUUUGAUGAGGCCACACAGACGAUUGAGUGAGUAAUUUAGGCACACAAGGUGCCCAUCCAACCAUCACUUUGUGUUGCGAAGCUGCCGUGUCCAAAUGAAGUUUUAGGAUGCAUCUCUUCUUCGUCUAAUAGAAUUUGAUAUUUGAUUGGGGUUUUCCAAUGUAUUUCACCUUUCAAUUUUUUUUGUACACUUAUAAGAGGAAUGGAGUCCUAGAAAUGUGAGGAGACUGUCCUGCCUAUGGUUUUGUAAUAUGUCACUAAAAAUGGAAGCCCCUGAAACUAGAUUUCAGCCACGCAUAGGAAAUGGACUGGGGAUGGGCCAUCCUUCCACGAAGCACUGAGAGCUGCUCAUCUCAGCAAACAAGAUAACGAACCUCUACGUGUUUCUCUAUGCUGUGAGACAGGAAGUGAUGUUCUUACCUCCUCUGCACAUCUCUAUUCUUCCUCACAUCACCACAGACCACAGAGAAAACAAAGAAGAAAAAAAUAGAUAUUUAUAGAUAUUUUAAAAAAUAGUUCAAUUUCUCCUGCUGUGAGAAGACUUCACUGCCCUGUUUUGAUAUUUCUUUGAGUCCAAAGGGGAAGCAUGCCCCAGGGAGACGUCGAGCAUCUCUUAAUAAAGCCCAGGAUUUAAUUAA